UUGGAUUCUUCAAUGAGAGAAAAAGCAAAGAUGUGCAGAUGUAAGAUGAACAGCAUUUCCCUCCUAAUGGCCAGCACAAUUCAAAUAAACUACCACAGCUAGGCCCCUCUCUUCCACCCAAAAGCAGAAGAACAGAACAGGAUUCCCAUCUCAACUAAUCAAAUGGGCCUCGACAUCACCUUUCGGCAGUUCCCAUGCACAUCUCCAAACACCAUCUUCAUCAAUCUUUCGAUGGGUAUUAGAUAAUCUUACAAGGGGUCUGGACAUAUGCUCCCUUGUUCCGAAGAUCUUCGAUAAUAUGCAAAUUCCCAUGGUGAUCUUUUGGAGCAUUGCUCUGCUGUUCUUCGUCCGGACACAAGUAUCAUGUUUGGAUCCUUUCUCGGAGGCGCUUCUCGGCCUGAAAUCUGAGCUAGUAGACAGUUCAAAUAGUCUGUAUGAUUGGUCAUCUGUUCCUUCUAAUGGGAAUUCAAAUUCUACAGUUCCCGCCUGUUCUUGGUCAGGAGUUAAAUGUACGAAGAAUUCGAGCAUGAUCAUCGGUUUAGAUCUCUCUCAAAGAAAUCUUUCUGGGUCAAUAUCGGGCAAAAACAUCAAGGUCUUGGUCGAUCUCGUUGACCUCAAUCUCAGCUACAAUUCCUUCUCCGGUCAGCUUCCGACAGACGUGUUUAAUCUCACCAAUCUGAGAAGCUUGGACAUCGGCAGGAACAACUUCAAUGGCAAUUUCCCUGAUGGGAUCUCCGCUAUCCAGCGUCUGGUGGUGUUCGAUGCCUUCAGCAACAGCUUCUCUGGCCCACUGCCGACGGAGAUUGCCCGUCUGGAAUCCCUCAAGGUACUGAACUUAGCUGGGAGCUACUUCGAUGGUCCGAUUCCCCGGGAAUAUGGGUCAUUCAAGAGCCUUGAAUUCCUUCACCUUGCAGGGAAUUUACUGAGUGGCGAAAUCCCUCCUGAGCUGGGGAACCUAAAGACAGUGACCCAUGUAGAGAUUGGCUACAAUUUCUACCAUGGAAGCAUCCCAUGGCAAUUGGGAAGCAUGACCAAACUUCAGUACCUCGAUAUGGCCCACGCCAAUCUCUCUGGCCCGAUCCCCGACUAUCUCAGCAACCUGGCCAAUCUUCAUACUCUGUUUCUCUUCAGGAACCAACUCAGCGGAUCGAUUCCAUGGAGCUUCGGCAACAUAACGUCUCUCAUGAACAUAGACCUGUCUGAAAACCAGCUCUCUGGAUCCAUACCGAAGAGCUUCGCAGGCUUGAAGAAUCUUCGUCUGCUCAGUCUCAUGUAUAACAGCAUGAGCGGUUCAAUUCCAGAUGGAAUUGCAGACCUUCCGCUCCUCGAUACACUUCUAAUAUGGAACAAUCUCUUCUCAGGCCCGCUGCCGCAGAGCUUGGGCAGGAAUUCUCAGCUGAAGUGGCUCGAUGUUUCUACCAAUGGUUUUACGGGGAUUGUUCCACCUGAUCUCUGUUCAGGAGUUAAGCUUUUGAAGCUCAUCCUCUUCUCCAACAAUUUCACAGGCGGGCUAUCUCUGGCUCUCUCGAAUUGCUCAUCUCUCAUCCGUCUUCGGAUCGAAGACAAUUCCUUUUCGGGUACAAUCCCACUGAAAUUCGACAUUCUUCCCAACAUAACGUAUGUGGAUCUAUCCAGAAACAGGUUUACAGGAGGAAUACCAAACAACAUUUACAAAGCUGGCAAUCUUCAGUACUUCAAUAUCUCUCAGAAUUCGAAUCUUGGAGGGACUGUCCCAAGCAGAAUAUGGUCUCUGCCGCUUCUGCAGAAUUUCUCAGCAUCUUUGUGUAAUAUCUCCGGCAAUCUUCCUCCAUUCAAAUCCUGCGACUCCAUUUCUACAAUAGAACUGAACAGGAACCAGCUAUCAGGGACAAUACCAGGAGGUGUUCUCCAAUGCCAGUCUCUUGAGAGAAUGGAUUUAUCAAAGAAUCAAUUGAUGGGUCAGAUACCACCGGAGCUUGCGAGUCUUCCUACCUUGAGUUUCAUAGACGUAUCACAUAACAAACUUACAGGUUCCAUACCGGCGAAGUUUGGAAAUUCUUCGGAGUUGGUACUUUUGAAUGUAUCUUUCAAUAACAUUUCUGGGUCUAUUCCACCAGAUGAUGUUUUCAGAUCAAUGGGUUCGAAUGCUUUUAUCGGAAAUCCGCAACUCUGCGGACCACCUCUGCAACCUUGUCCUGAUUCAACACAGAUUCCACAUGUUGCUGGUUUUGGACUAGGUAGCAAGAGUUCAGAGAAACUUGUAUGGGUUCUGUCACUAUGCUCGGGUGUGGUUUUACUCAUCAUGGUAUCCAUCUUCGGUAUUCUGUAUAUCUACCGACGAAAGAGAGGUCAAUGGAAGAUGGUCUCAUUCAUUGGACUUCCUCGAUUCACAGCAAAUGAUGUUUUGAGGAGCUUGAAUUGCAGCAAUUCCAUAGAGAUAUCACCAUCACUAUCAGCAGCUUCCUACUGCAAAGGAGUUCUUCCGACAGGGAUAACAGUUGCGGUGAAGAAGAUCGAAUGGGAAGCUAAGAGAAGGAAUGUGUUGUCUGAAUUCAUUAAGCUAAUCGGCAAAGCCAGGCACAGGAACCUCAUCAGAUUGCUCGGGUACUGCAGCAACGAACAGGUCGCUUAUCUUCUGUACGACUACCUGCCGAAUGGGAAUCUAGAAGAGAAGAUGAGAAUGAAACGGGACUCGCCGAUCAGCACUUGGGCAGCCAAGUACAAAACUGUGAUUGGGAUCGCGAGGGGGCUCUGCCACCUUCACCAUGACUGCUAUCCUGUAGUUCCACAUGGAGAUCUGAGGUCGAGCAACGUAGUGUUUGAUGAAAAUAUGGAGCCACACUUAGCUGAAUUCGGAUUAAAACGUCUGAUGCAGAUGAACAGCGGUUCAAUCCCAAGGAGAUCUGGGUCAGGCACAGGUGAACUAGAGACCGAAGUGAAGGAGGAAAUACACAGAGAUAUUUACAGCUUUGGAGAGGUCCUCUUGGAGAUUUUAACCAAUGGUAGACUGAAAAAUGCAGGAGCAAGCAUACAGGCUAAACCAAGAGAGGACAUCUUACAAGACGUCUACCACGAGAAUGAAGAGUGUCCAACAGAUGCAUCAAGAGAGGAGAUAAAACUGGUCCUUGAAGUAGCUUUGCUAUGCACCAGGAGCACAUCAUCUGACAGGCCAUCCAUGGAAGAUGCAGUGAGACUUCUGUCGGGGUUGAGGCCGAACAGGAGUAACUAGUCACUUAUCUCUAGACCCCCUACUAUCACAGAAGUUAGUGAACUGAUGAUGGUAACAGUUUGUGUUUGCAUUGUUUGAUAGCAUAUUUGUAUAAUUAAUUAAGUUUCUAUGCUGUAACAUAAUCGCUACCAGUGUGUUAUGCUAAAGCAUCUAUUAAUAAAUGUAAGUAUUUGAAUUUUUUUU